GACAAAAAAUUCUCUUGCACAUCAUUUUCCAGAGAUUCGCAAAAUGCUUAAAGAUGGCGAACCUGCAAAGUGUGCAUUCAGCAAUUGCUUGCAUCUUGGUGAACCGGGGUGCCUUGUAAAAGGUGAUUGGGAGAGAUACCCCUACUAUCUUCAAUUGCUUGACGAAAUUAAAAUCAGGGAGGAGUUUCAGUUGAGGACUAUUGGAACUAAACGAGAGGGUGAUGUUAGGUGCAAAGUAGGAGACAAGGGAGUUGUGCAAGCAGAACCACGGCUGGAGCCCAAGAAAUACAGGAGACAAUCUCGUAAAAGUGUGAACCAGUCAUUUCUAGAUGGAUUGGAUGAACUCGAUGAAGAUGACAUGCUGGAGGAUGAUAAUCCUAUUUUAAGAGCAAUGCGGGAAGAAAAUCAAUAGAAAAAAUAAUAAUUUGACACAACUUGGAUAUUUUUAGGAGGCAUGCAUCCAUUACACCUUGAUGCUUCACGGGUUGUAAAUAGUGCUUUUCUGACUUCUUUUGUUAAGCUGAGAGUGGUCCGCGGAUUCCUAAGAUGUUGUAGGUGGCAAAAUGUUCUGGCGGCAUUGUGUCUCAAAUGCGAAAAACACUUCAAAGUUCAAGCAAUGCUGGAAGCUAACACGAGAUAUAGUGCUGUACGUCUAAUAAGGGAGUUUGCAUCACUAUCUUCUCCUUCUAGUCGUUCCCUCUAUCUUUUG